GGGAGAAGCGGCAGCCCGGGACUUCAAGUGAGGCCGCGCUCGGUUCUCCGCCAACGUUUGGCUUUUCCUUUGGUUCGUUCGCUGUUAUGUGGAUAAAGGGAGCAAAAGCUGCCUUUUUUCCCCACAGAGGCUAUGUCCUAGUCUGUCAUCCUAAAACCACCAGGAACAAACCUUUAAUCUGACAAAAUCAGCCUUGUUGACCCACAUCAAUGAGGGAGACCCACCUGCAGAGGGAAUGCGGGGCCUGACUACACAAAGGGAGGCCCCCAGCUUUCUGGUUGGUUGAAAGAACUGACCUGUCUGGUCCGAGUCCAGCUGGCCUUCCUCUGGGCUGGCAGGCUGACAACAGCCGACUCCAGCAGUCGCUCACGUGACCACCGCAGCUCUCUGUUCUGCUCCGUGUCCCAGGCCUGAGUGGGUACUUCCAGGGGCUCCUUCCAUGAGGGGCAUCAGCAGUUACUGGCUGUCGUCAGGAAAGCCUGAGCAAGGCCAGCCCUCGGAGUCUGUCCUGCUUCCUGCCUACUGCUCACCUGCCUGCUCUUGCCAUGGGGUGCCUUGGGGCCUUCCUCUUCCUGCUGGGAGGCCUGGGAGCUCUCGCUAAGUUGUGGGAUACACCAGGGGAGGACAGCAAGCUUCAGGAGAGGCUGGGCCAGCACCUCUUGCCCUGGAUGGACCGGCUCUCCCUGGAGCACCUGAACCCCAGUGUCUACGUGGGCCUGCGCCUUUCCAGCGUGCAGGCCGGGGCCAAGGAGGCCCUUUACCUGCACCACCUCAAGCUUGAUUACCAGCAGAACCUCCUGGGGCCUGGCACCAGCGAAUACGACAGGGACAAGCCCUCCAUGGGCCAACUGGCCCUCUACCUGCUCGCUCUCAGGGCCAACUGUGAAUUUGCUGGAGGCCACAAGGGGGACAGGCUGGUCUCAAAACUGAAGCGGUUCCUGGAGGAUGAGAAGAAGGCCAUUGGGCACAACCACAGGGGCCACCCCAACACCAGCUACUAUCAGUACGGCCUGGGCAUCCUGGCCCUGUGCGUCCACCAGAAGCGGCUCCAUGGCAGUGUGGUGGGCAAGCUCCUGCAUGCUGUGGAACAUGACCUGCAUCUCCCCUGGGGCCACCUCUCUGUGGAUACGGCAGCCAUGGCAGGCUUGGCCUUCACCUGUCUAGAGCGCUCCAACUUCAACUCCAAUCAGAGGAACCAGAUCAUCCUGGCCAUCAAGACAGUGCAAGACAAGAUCCUGAAGGCCCAGACCCCCGAGGGCCACUUUGGGAAUGUCUACAGCACCCCUCUGGCACUGCAGUUGCUGAUGACCUCCCCCACAAUUGAGGUAGAGCUAAGCAUAGCAUGCCUCAAGGCAAGGGCUGCUCUGUUGGCCAGCCUAGAGGAUGGGGCCUUCCAGAAUGUUCUCAUGAUUUCCCAGCUGCUGCCCGUCCUGAAUCAUAAGAGCUAUGUAGAUCUCAUCUCACCGGACUGCCUGGAACCAAGAGCCAUGUUGGAGCCAACUAUGGAGACGCCUUCACAGAUCCAAGUGCCAGAGGUCAUCAGGGUCAUGCUGCAGGUCCUCAGCGUCUGGCCACCAUACAGACACUCCAUCUCUGUACCUGCUGGGUCCUCCUUGGAGGAUGUUCUGAAGAAGGCCCAGAAGCUCGGAGGAUUCAUAUAUGGAACCCAGGCCUCCAUGUCAGGCCCCUACCUGACCUCCGUGAUGGGGAAGGAAGCUGGGAAACGUGAGUUCUGGCAGCUGCUCCAGGCCCCUGACACCCCCUUGCUGCAAGGUAUUGCUGACUACAGACCCAAAGAUGGAGAGACCAUCGAGCUGAAGCUGGUUAGUUGGUAGCCUGCUAGGCUCACCCACCCCAGCAGCCUCUCACACUCCCUGUGCUUCCACCCUUUCUCAAGACGUCCCUGCAACAGGCACGUGCCUGACUGCUGACACGUCAUGUGCACUUGGAGCAAUGUCCCCUGGAUCACCCCAGCCUCCACCCCUGCGAGGGUCCUGAGCCAAGAGCCCGCCCUGAAGCAGGAAGCCAAGCACCUUCCCUAGGAGGUCUCUCUGCCUGCGUCUGGCCCAGCCUGGCCCCACAGGCCACUCAUAGUCUGAAGGGCACCAAGUAUCUCAGACUCCUCAGCACAAGGAGUGGAACUUUGAUGGCUGCUGUCAUUGUGAGAACUGCCUUCUCUGGGAUUGGGGUCCUGCAAGGAGACCUCGGCAGCCCAAGGGCCAUAGCCCUGAUCCCAGCUUUCCACUCCAACGCCAGGGCACUAGCCCCAGAGCUGUUGUGGCACAGUAGCUGGUAAGAGCCCUGCAGGGCUGCUCAAAGCCUGCCUCCAAUUGAUUAAAGAGUUGAUUGUGCACAUG